AUAAUUUCAUUAUUUAAGCCAUUUUUUAAUAAAGCACCUCCAUUACAUUUUACCCUAGAAAUAUUUAGUCAUUAACACAAAUCAAGCCAAUUUAAAAAAAAAAAAAAAAAAAGAAAGAAAAACACAUAAAAUAAGUUCUCGGGUUUGAGCAGCAGCUGCACCUUCGACCUCAAAUCCCAAAAUUCUCUCUCUUACAUAUUUUCUCCUUUCUAUCUUUCUCUCUCCCCCCUUUGAAAUAAAAUUCCCUAAAAAUUUGUCCAAUUAAACUUUUUCUUGCUUCUUUCCGUCUGAAACGUUUCAGUGGGAGGAGCUGAUAGGGUGUAGUUGGCGGAGUUUUCGGUUUAUUUAUGCCUGCAACUAUGACCGAGGAAUCUGCUUGUGGAAGGUCGUUGGAGAGAUUAUCGAGUGCGCAACGCUGCCAUUCAAGUGAUGCAUUGGUUGAAUGUCGGUCUUCCGAUCAGGUUGAGAAUGGCACCCCUUCGACUUCACCUCCGUAUUGGGAUAUUGAUGGCAGUGAUGAUGAUGGAGGGCCAAAACCUGUUGAUCUGUAUGGUAAGUACACAUGGAAGAUUGAUAGUUUUUCGACAAUCAACAAGAGAGAGCUUCGAAGUAAUGCUUUUGAAGUUGGUGGCUACAAGUGGUACAUUUUGAUCUACCCCCAGGGCUGUGAUGUGUGUAAUCACCUUUCUUUGUUUCUUUGUGUAGCAAACCAUGAUAAGCUUCUUCCAGGAUGGAGCCAUUUUGCUCAAUUCACUAUUGCUGUGGUGAAUAAAGACCCAAAAAAAUCAAAAUAUUCUGACACAUUACACCGUUUUUGGAAAAAAGAGCAUGAUUGGGGGUGGAAGAAAUUUAUGGAGCUAUCUAAAGUGUCAGAUGGUUUUGUGGAAGAAGAUGCGCUUGUUAUUAAGGCUCAAGUUCAAGUUAUCAGGGAGAAAGCAGAUCGGCCAUUUCGUUGUCUUGAUUGUAAUUAUAGAAGAGAACUUGUUCGGGUGUACUUGACCAAUGUUGAGCAAAUAUGUCGGCGUUUUGUUGAAGAGAGAAGAGGGAAGCUGGGAAAGUUGAUAGAGGACAAAGCUAGGUGGUCAAGCUUUUGUGCAUUUUGGCUAGGAAUGGAUCAAAAUACUAGGCGUCGCAUGUCGAGGGAAAAGAAGGAGAUGAUAUUAAAAGUUGUUGUGAAACAUUUUUUCAUAGAGAAAGAAGUCACAUCUACUUUAGUUAUGGACUCAUUGUACAGUGGGCUAAAAGCUCUUGAAGGUCAAAGCAAGGGCAAAAAAGGAAAGGGGAAAUUGAUAGAGGGUGAGGAUACACCUGCUCCAAUUGUUAGAGUAGAAAAGGAUGUUUUCAUUUUGGUAGAUGAUGUCCUAUUACUUCUUGAGAGGGCUGCCAUGGAGCCGUUGCCUCCGAAAGAUGACAAGGGUCCUCAGAACCGUACAAAGGAUGGAGGUAGUGGAGAGGAUUCCAAUAAGGACUCAAUCGAGCGUGAUGAAAGGCGUUUGACGGAAUUAGGCCGAAGGACAGUGGAAAUUUUUGUACUCGCCCAUAUUUUCAGCAACAAAAUUGAAGUGGCCUACCAGGAGGCUGUUGCACUAAAGAGACAAGAAGAGCUCAUCCGUGAAGAGGAGGCUGCAGGGCUAGCUGAGAGUGAGAAAGCAAAGCGAGGUGCUGGUGAGAAAGACAAAAAGUCAAAGAAAAAACAGGCCAAACAGAAGAGAAAUAAUCGCAAAGGAAAGGACAAAUUGAAGGAUGAUAAACCUGUUGUCACAGCACAAGAGAAACAUCUGCUUGAAAAUUUGACUGCUGCAGGGAAAGGCCUGGUAGAGCCCGAAACUGUGACUGACAAGAAUGACACACUUGACUAUGUGUCUGAUGUGUCUGAUUCUGUGGAAUGUGCUGUGGACAUGCUACGGCUUGAUUCAGAAGAUAGAGAUGCAAGUCCUGUUAACUGGGACACAGACACAUCAGAGAUUCACCCUCCUGCAGAAGCCAGUGGUAGCGAAGUAAGCAGUAUAUCAACGGUGCAAAAUGGAGUAGCAGAUAAGAGGAGCUCAUCUAUAAUGGAUGAUAGUUCCUCCACUUGCUCUACUGAUUCUGCUCCUUCCAUUGUAUUAAAUGGAUCAUACAGAUCAAAUUCCUUUACAAAUUAUAAUAGCCAGAAAUCACCAUCAAGAGGAAAGAUCCAUCAAGGAAAGGGAUCAUCUGAGGAAUUUAGUGGUGGAAAUGAUGUAGAUAUUUGGCCAUCUGAACCAACUGAAGCUGUUUUCUGUAAUGAUGCUUCACCCAGUCGCAAAGCAGUUGAAUUUAACGAGUCUGAGGGUGCUGUCACUUCCUUGCAAGAUAGGACAAAGUGGCCGGAGCUGAAUUCAGUAAAAAAGCAGGAAGAUGAUGUUGUGUUGCCGCAGAGAAAGCCAAGUAAGAAGGACAAUAAGGAGCAUAAAGAUCAUAUUGAUACAGUACUCUCCCAGGAAAGAGUGGCAGUGGCACCACAAUCAUCAAAUUGCCCUCCCAGAAAUACAACUCCUGCACCGGCAGUUAAGCCAAAUUCUAGCUUGAAAAUUGGUCCUCAUACUGAUGUGGUUACAUCUGUGAAAACAUUUUCAAAUGGACAUUUACAAACUGAUAGGGCAACUUUGAUGACAUCAUACUAUACAGCAUCUGCGUCAAAACCUGAUUCGACAAAGGCUACCAUUCUUAAACCGGUUGAGAAGCUUGCUGGACAGCAAGUUGCAGGAUUGUCAAGGCCAUCAAGUGCUCCUCUUAUCCCUGGGACCCUACCAGCUCCCCCAGUUGUAUCCAUGGUGCAAGCAGCUGCUUCAAGCGCUCCAUUGUUGUCCCGUUCAAGUAGUGCUGCUGGACGCCUGGGUCCAGAUCCUUCCCCAGCAGCAGCCCAUCCCUACGUUCCGCAGUCCUGUAGGAACGCCAUUAUGGGUAACUCAUUUAGUGCAAGCUCUGGUGGUUUCACGCAUCCAUCCCAGCUAGCAAGUUCAGGGGUGAACACAUCAACUACAUUCUCUCACCAGCAUUCCUUAUUAUCCAACCCUGUAUAUCUCUCUCAGGCUUCUGAAAGGAUGGAACCUAAUGGUGUCAGUUCAAGCAUGUCUUUUACUGCUAAUCAUCAGGAUGAGGCUCUAGGUCAGCAAUGGAUGGGGAGCCCCCAGAGAGAUAUUAGCAGAAGAUUGAUGUAUGAUUCUCAAUCAAUGCUUAAUGAUACACCAAAUUUUGAUUUAUAUCGACCCAUGAACAGUGUACCCCAUGAAUUCUUCCCCUCGGAAUUGCCAGCUGUUACUUCCGGUCGUUUGGUCCAGACUGCAUUGGCUGAUGAAUUUCCCCACCUAGACAUCAUCAAUGAUCUUCUUGAUGAUGAGCAGGUUAUUGGCAGGACUUCACAUGGGAACACAGGUUUCCAGGGUCUUGGCAAUGGUCCCACCCUUUUCAAUCGGCAGUUGAGUUACUCUACUGAUAUGAGCCUAUUGAGCGAAGCAGGAUCUCUGGGCAGCUCUUGUAGGUUUGAUAGAUCUAGGAGUUACCCUGAUGAUGGCUUCCAGCAGGAUUAUGGUGCAGGCAGUCCUUAUGAUUCAGUCAGAGAGUUCAUCCCUCAAGGUAAUCCUAUGCCUUAUAUGAAUGGUCAGGUUGAUAGUUUAGUGCCAAACCAGUGGCAAUUGGUGGGUCCUGAUCUAUCGUUGCUAAGCAUGAGGAAUUCAGGGGUGGAUGGCUACUCUUAUAAUAUUCCAGAGUACUCAAAUAUGACAUGUGGCGUAAAUAAUAAUUACGCUAUGUUCAGGCCUUCCAAUGGACAUUAAAGGGCCAUUUUAGAUAACAUUUGUAAUAAGUAAUGAAGGGAAUUUGGUCUUGGAAUCGGGUGGUUGUAAUCCUGAGAAACAACAUUCUGUAAAGAGUGAUGCUGGCUUAUUUGCUUUCAGUUUUUAGUUGAUACACAUGAGGCUUUUGUUCUUUUGUUUC